AUACAAUGGCUUCUGAGAGGUUGCACAAAAGAAUAUUGAUAUGUUUGAAAUUUCUCGCGCAAUACAUCUUCUGCAUAUUAUUUCGGGAGCUACCGCACCUGUUAACAAUGAAACGAAAAUCAGUAGUUGACCAGGUAGUCGUUAUCACUGGUGGCGGAAUGGGCAUUGGCAAAGCAUUAGCGCAGAAAUUUGCGCUGGAACAGAAAGCCGUUGAGGAAGGGCUACGAACAGUCGCUCAGAUAACGGAAGAUGGAGGACGUGCUUACUUCUUCCAGUGCAAUGUUACAAAACCGGAUGAAUUACGUCUCUGCGCUCAGCAAAUAAUCAGUGAUACCAAUAUUGGUUCGUAGCU